UUUUUUUUUUUACAUUUGACAAAACAGCGACCGUUUUCCAGCGCAUUCUAUAAAAUAUUGGGUACAAAAUGUCUCCAGUGUGGUAGCGUCUAAAUCUAAAAUAGAUAUUACUGUAAGGAUUUUUUUUUUUGCUUAUUUGAAGAGCUAACCAAUAAAAAAAGCCGGUUAGCAUCCCGGCUAAUGUAUGAGCUACCAUUGUUAUUUGGUUGAAUACAAAGGAGCUAGAUAUAUUUCCUGCAAUAUAGCUCAUCUUUCUAAUGAAGUACACGCCUUUUGCUUUAUUUAUCAGGUAGUUUGUAUGUAUGGCUUUUUGGCGUUUGUUAAAACUGGUUUCUCAGCUGAAAAAGUCACUAUUAAUUUCGACUCAACCAAACCAAACAGUGUUUCUGGCGUCUAUCCAAGCUUUGUUAAUAACUGGAUUGACAGACUUUGAACCGUUAAGGAGGGCAAAGGUUGAGACAAAAAAUCAAGCAGCAACUGCAUCUUUUUACAAAGGUUUGAAUUUUUGUCUUCCCAGUGUUGGAAAUGAAGCCAUGAAUCAAAACAAAGCAAAGACAAUUAUGGAUGCGCGUCAUAAAAGUGGAGCAGGCGGCUUACGCGGCAUAAAAACAAAAGCUAACUUCAAAAAACAACAGCUGAAGUUUAAAAAUAACCUUGAUCAAUGGUUGGUGAAGCCUUCAAAAAGUUCAAGCGCAACAGGAGAGAGUCCAGGCCAGAAGGAUGUGGAAAUGACAGAUGAUCUGGGGUCUCAAAACCCUUCAGCUGUUAUUGUAAACUAUGAAAAUGCUGAGAAAUCUGAAGUUUUUACAAUGGAUGAAGACACAGAGAUACUAACACCACAAGACUUUAGUGAGGACAGUCCUUUAAAGCCAGAUUCCAACGACACAGAAGAGAUCGAACUGACACAGAAGCUCUCUCCCUAUCAGGAGGAGUUAGACAAACAAGAUGAAGCUGGAUCUUCACACUCUAUUAAUCAGAGAACCAAAAUUACAGAUUUUUUUCCGGGGGGCUCGUCACAAACUUUCAACGUGAAAAAUGGUUGCCGAGAUACGACUUCAGAGGAGCAAGAUCCCAAAAAGGAAGGUACACCUGCUGACGUUAAAUGGUUGGGAACACCAAUCGGCGAGCUGAGGAGGAUGCCGGACUGUGGUGGGCCGCUUCGUCCACUGGAAGAUGAUCCUGACCAACACACCGUCAUGAUAAGGACAGACCUUCUUGGAAAUCUUAACCCUCCCGUCCCAAACCCAGCUACAUUUCUGGAUACAUGGGAUGAUGUCCAUGUGAAGAUGCCCUACUCACAGAGGAAUCUAUUUCCAAUUGGUGAUGAGAACAAGAGUCGGUGGGAUCUAAUCAAACAAACUUUAAACAAAAAGUUUAAAAACGCUUCUGAGUUGAAGGAUGCAGUGCUGAAAUAUUGUGCAUCAAAUGCCAAAAAAUGGGAUUUUACUGCAUUGGACUUGUACUGCAACAAGGUCUUGGAGCCUGAUGCUGUGGAACAUCUGUUUGAAACUCUGCUGCCAAACAUGGUUCAAUUAGCACUGAGAGCAUCUGAGCUCUGUACCAAGCCUAUCCCCCUGCUGAAAAGAGGCAUGAAUCACUCCAUCACCAUGUCUCAGGAGCAGGUGGCAUGUCUUCUAGCAAACGCCUUCUUUUGUACCUUCCCUAGAAGAAACUCCAGAAAGACAGAGUACUACAACUACCCAGACAUCAAUUUUUUCAGGCUGUUUGAGGGAUCUUCAUCCAAGAAAAUUGAGAAGCUGAAAACCCUUAUGUGUUAUUUUAAGAGUGUCACUGAACAAAAGCCAACAGGACUGGUGACGUUCAGCCGUAAAAGAUUGGAUAAACCUCCCAACUGGAAAAGUUCGCAGACUUUGCUGACAAGGCUCCACAUUACAUGUGAGGGAACGAUCGAGCAAGACGGUUAUGGGAUGCUUCAGGUGGAUUUUGCCAACAAGUUUGUUGGAGGAGGAGUCAUCAGUGCUGGACUUGUUCAGGAGGAAAUCCGUUUUCUCAUAAACCCCGAGCUCAUCGCUUCUCGUCUCUUCACGGAAGCCCUGGAUGAUAAUGAGUGUCUCAUUAUCACAGGAACACAGCAGUACAGUAAAUACACCGGUUACUCUCAGACCUACAAGUGGGCCGGCUCUCACCAAGACACAACUCCAAGAGAUGAUUGGGGGAGGCGAUGCACAGAGAUCGUGGCCAUUGAUGCACUUCUCUUCAGGAACUUUCUCGAGCAAUUUAACUGUGACAAAAUCAACAGAGAACUUAAUAAGGCUUACUGUGGCUUUUCUCAGCCUGAAAAGGAAAGUCAAAACCUCGCUGCAGUGGCCACAGGAAACUGGGGCUGUGGUGUUUUUGGAGGUGACACACGUCUCAAAGCUCUGAUCCAGAUGCUGGCAGCUGCUGAGGCGGGCCGAGACGUCGCUUAUUUCACCUUUGGUGACAGCCAGCUCAUGACAGAUGUCCACAAGAUGCACUCCUUCCUCACCCAGAGGAACAUCAGUGUUGGGGAGGUGUACGAUCUCCUGGGGCAGUACUACAAUUCAGUUUGUAGAAACAGCCUCAGUCGGCGCCCUGAUGUCAGCCUCUACUCCUUCAUCUACAGACAGCUCAGACAUUCUGUGGAGCCUGCUGAGUCUGGCCAACAUUCACCCACAGAGUGCCCUUAAGCUCACAAGGCUGAAGAAUCACUAUGCCUUAAAGUGAGAUGGAAAAUAAAGGACUACCAUAAUCAACAGAAAUAAUUAAAAGGCUCGAAAAUGACAAUUCAUAUUACUAUUAGCUUUAAGAUAGGUGGUUUAAGUUCAUGAUUUAUAUUUUAUAAAGCAUAUCAAAAUCAUAUCCCUAUUAAUAUGCCUUCAACGUGUAUUUAGCCUUUUCAUUUUAACUGGUUCAGGUUUAUUGCAUUCCAAUAAUAUCAAUAACUUAAUAAUAGGCUGUCUAUAUUAAUCAGAUUUUAAACUACAAGAAGAGAAAUAAAAGUAUCAAAAUGUGGAAGGGGAUUAAUAAACUACAUUCACAAGGGAAACAUGGAAUUAUUAGGCAUAGAAACAAAGAUAAACAUUUUGCCUUGAUUUAUAUAUAUGAAUUCCUUUACACUUACUUUUUUUUUAUUUGUCAGAGGAAAAUCCAAAUGGUAUUGGGCAUUUUAAUUAUUUCUUUAUGUUUUUGUUUUACUCUGGAAAUGUUUAUCGGUUCUGGUCUUUGUAAUAUUUAUCCAUAUAUGAACAAAAAAUGCGCUUAAUACUUGACACCUAGAAAUAAAAAAGGAGCAACCUGUUCAAAGCCAAACUGUUAGAUAGAACGCUGCUUGGUUCUUUAUUUUGUUUCUGUGGAUAAUACAGCAGCUGAUUGAGCUCCAUUUUAUUGACAAUGCAAAGGUUGCCAUAGAUCUUCAAUGUUUGUCAUGUAGCUUGGUUUUAAACCCGUACUACUUAGUUUGAGAUUCUUUUUUUUUUUCUUCCAGAA